AUUCGUACCCUUUCCAAAACCGAAGACCCAGUACGAAAAAUGCCUUCGAUGGAUCAAACUUUGUGGAAGACUGCAUCAUCAACUGAAUCCAUCUAAAAUCAACCGGAACAGAAGACCGACUACGAAAAAUGUCUUUGAUGGAUCAAACUUUGAGGAAGACCGCAUGAUCAACUGAAUCCAUCAACCGGAACAGAUAUGUUUGCACGAAGGAGAAAACCGGAGCGCCCAUCAGGAGAAACCCACGCAGGCACGGGGAGAACACGCAAAGUACAGUGAGGGAGGGCCGGGAUUGAACCUAGGUCCUCAGAACUGUGAGGCCAACGCUUUCCAUCCACCCUGAACCGAUGUCAGCAUUCAUACUACGUCCUAAUGGCCCUCUGAGGGAAACCGGAACAACAACGUGGCCCGCGAUAAAAACGAGUUUGACACCCCUGUUCGAGAUGAAUCUGCAAGAUGGAUGGAUGACUGCAGCUCGUGAAGUCAUAAUGAUGGCGCGCACGCACCCACGCGCGCGCACGCGCUUCCGUCGGGCUCAAGAGUCGAGCGGCGUUCGUCAGAAGUGUCGCUCGUCAUUCUCAAGCCGAUCGGCCAGACGCGAGGGAGUCGAGCCGGCGGAUUUCCAGAACCGAACUCCAAACGACUGAGAUCAAGAACCAGCUCAAGAGUAGCAACAAAACAAUGGACACCACCCGAAACAUCACCAACAGGCCAGCAGAGGGCGCCAGACAGGCCGGAGCCACCAUCCUCUUCUCCCUCAAGAACGAAGUGGGCGGUCUGGUCAAGGCUCUCAGGACUUUCCAGGAAAAACACGUCAACCUGGUUCACAUCGAGUCCCGCAAGUCCAGGCGCAGGAAUUCCGACUUUGAGAUCUUCGUGGACUGCGACAGCGAUCACCAUCAGCUCAGAGAGUUGACGCAGCUUCUGGCCCAGCACGCCAACGUGGUCGAGAUAACAUCGCAGAGCCACUCCGGGAGCGACGCAGCCGCCGCCGCCGCCGCCACCGCCGUGCAGGCAGCUGACGAAGAGUGGGGCGUUCCCUGGUUCCCCAAGAAGAUUUCGGAUCUGGACCUAUGCAACCAAGUUCUGAUGUACGGCUCCGACCUGGACGCCGACCAUCCGGGCUUUAAAGACAACGUUUACCGCAAGAGAAGAAAUUACUUCAUCGAUUUGGCCCGGAGCUACAAACACGGUGACCCGAUCCCCCGCGCGGACUACACGCCCGAGGAGGUCCAGACCUGGGCUCGGGUCUUCCGGGAGCUCAACAAACUUUACCCCAGCCACGCCUGCAAGGAGUUCCUCACAAACCUGCCCCUGCUGGCCAAACAUUGCCACUACAAGGAGGACAACAUCCCCCAGCUAGAAGACGUCUCGCGCUUCCUCAAAGAGCGCUCGGGCUUCAGCAUCCGUCCGGUGUCGGGUUACUUGUCCCCACGAGACUUCCUGGCAGGUUUGGCCUUCCGAGUGUUCCACUGCACUCAAUACGUCCGACAUAGCUCGGACCCGUUCUACACGCCGGAACCGGACACGUGCCACGAACUGCUGGGCCACGUCCCCCUGCUGGCCGAGCCCGGUUUCGCGCAGUUCUCGCAGGAGAUCGGCCUGGCGUCGCUCGGAGCCGACGACGACGCCGUGCGCAAACUGGCCACGUGCUACUUCUUCACGGUGGAGUUCGGACUUUGUAAGCAGGACGGAAAACUUCGGGCUUACGGGGCAGGACUGCUCUCCUCCGUGGGCGAGCUCAAGCACGCAUUGUCCGGCGAGGCGAAGACCUUGCCGUUCGAGCCUCGGGUGGCGUGCGACGAGGUUUGCGUCAUCACGGCCUUCCAAAAUGUUUACUUUGUGGCCGACACAUUCGACGGCGCCAAGAACAAAAUGAGGGACUUCGCCAAAGGCGUGCGGCGGCCGUUCUCGCUGCGCUACAACGCGUACACGCAGAGCGUGGACGUGCUGAAGGACAGCGGCAGCAUCCGAACGUUGGUGGAAGAUCUUCGCCACGAGCUCCACAUCGUGGAGGACGCCCUCAACAGGCUCAGCGCCGCCGCCGCCGUGUGAUGUGUGGCCGCGCUAUGCUAAUGCUAGGCUAGCGGAUGUACGAAACCUGGGAAAAAAAAUAUAACUUUACUGCUCUAAUGGUUAUGAUGUUUGAAAAAUGGUUAAAAACCUUACAGUAAGAUUACAACUUUCUGAAUUUUUUCUCUUCAAAAUACUUUUUUUUUUUUGCACCAGACUUUGUGGCUUGGAAAAUAUUCUUUCUAAAUCAAGAAAUUGCAAAACUUUGGAUCGUGAGAGUGCGACUUUUAAAAAUUCACAUUGAUUCCAAUAAUUUUUCUUGGAAAAAAAAAGUAAACAUUGUAUUCUUGUAAGUUUUUUUUUUUGGGGGGGGGAAACCUUUUUCAAAACAGUAAACCUUGAACUGGAAAGGUUAUGACACUGUACUAGUAAAAAUUCAAAUAAAAAAUGAAAAAAAUUAAAUCCCCCCCUAAAAAAAUACAACUUGAUACAGGAUACUACAAUUAUGACACCCCCCCUAAAAAAAAAAAUUUAAGAGAAUACAACAGUUUUAUGGGUGUUUUCCUGAAAAAAAUAAAUGUAAUUUCUCUUCCCUGAAAUCUGACCUUGAUUGCCUGAUGCUAUGCUAACAGGCUAAGCUAACACUGUGCUCAAUGUGAUGAUGCGUUUUGUCAUUUAUUGUCCAAACGUAACUGUUGUCACACAUAUAACAUAAAACAAAUACGAAAUAAACGUUUAAUGAUGCAAA